GUUGCUUGUUAAGCAAAAGCUAUAAAUAAAUAGUUGUGUAAUGAGUCAAAAUAACAAUGAAGGUGUAUAAAAGGAGCGUCUCACAUAUGAUUUUCGUACUGAAAGUGAUGGCUUUUUACAGCGACAACGAUCUUCUACAAAGGUCUUUACUUCGCAAGUUUCUUAUAACUUGCAGUCUGUGCGUGACUGUGUUUGCCGGUGUUCUAGCUGACAGUCAGCGAACAGAAUGCCCUAACGAGCAGAUCGCACUGGAAUGUCCUGACCUGCAAUCGGUCCUCCAAAAUGGAACUUUUCUGGAGCUUCAAUGGAGGGUCACUGACCUCGAAGAUCUCAAGAAGCAAUAUGUCGUCUACUGCAACAAAAACUUGCAGUGUACCAGAUACAGAAACAUAAGAAGUUUUGAUCAAAGAAUCAAUGUAAGCAAUCCUGUUCGUGGAACACUUCUUGUGAAACAGAUGAAACUGAACGAUCGACUUGUCUACACUUGUGUCAUAGAACGCAGCGGAAACAGAGGCCCCAUUGCUAACAAAAUAAUUGUAACUUCUGCAAAGCAUUGUCUGUCCUCCGCAGCUGGGCAAAACCUGGACCUGAGUCAAACAUUUCACGACAUCUUUUCUGAGGAAACAGUGGAAGAUAUUGAGUGGUACAGAGUCUCACAAGAUGGAACGAAAGUGAAAAUAGCAUACUGUAGCCCCUCCUCGCCAUGCAGGUUGGUGGAAAAUUGCAUCAGCUCCUGUCCAGAGUACCUAACAAGACUGAAGACAGACGGGGUGUCAAUCAUUCUGUCCAAUGCCACAGAGGCUGACCGUGGAUUGGAAUUUCAAUGCCAGAUACAUCCUAAGAUUAUGACCAAAGGACCUCGAGUUUACAUGAUCAGGAUUAAAGAAAUCUCGCCACGAGCUGUAGAUGAUAUCAACCGAACAACUGUCACAACCAGGACAACGGCAACAUCUGCUGCCGACACGACAGCACCCACUGGAACCAACCCAGGAUCUUACAGUAUACAGAAGAACAGCUGGUUGAUAGCGUUAAGUGUUGUGAUUAGCUUGGUUAUGGCGCCAUACGGAAUCUCUUAAAUUUUUCCUGUUCCAGAAUACUGUACUCAGCGUUAUCGUAAGGUUGUCUUGUUUCGAAGCCUUCCCAUUCCCGCGCGGUCAGUUCGUUUCGGGUCACGUGACGGAGGCGAAAUUCCCCUGAGGUGAUCGCCGGGGUAACGUUACCGAAACGAAUCCACCGUGAAUUGUAUGUUUGAUGUAUCAGGCCAGUAUGUUCUGGGUUAAAUGGAGAGAACAAAUAACAAUACAACGGUGUAAAACUCAAAAUCCUUCUUUAUUGAGGAAAAAAGUAGUUAAAAAUUUUUUCAUCUCUUCUUUCAAUAAUUUGUAGUUGCAUGAUUAUGCAAAUCUUUUUUCUAAAUGUAGCUUAUGUAAGAGUGUUUAAAAGUAGUCUGCAAUAAGAAUGCUGUACGCGUUGAAAUAGCCUGCAUUAUACAGAUAAUCCUGCAAAUAAUUGUGAAACAUGAAAUCUGAAAGCAUCAUAAUAUGUAUAUAAAUUAAAUUCUGGCCUUCAGUCGUGCAAUGUAUGAUUUAAAUAUCUAUUUUCAUGUACAAAUAUAUGUAAAAGAUAAUGGCACUUGGAUGAUGUAUGGAAGAUUUCGUAGUUUUUAAUGCCUAUAGGGUCUAAUAGGUUGGAAGGGCUGUGUUUAAAGUGAAAAAGUACCGUGCUGGAAAAAAUCCUGUCAAAGUUUGUAACCAUCAAUCUGUCGGGCAUUAUUUGAAUGUGGAAGAUUGACAAAAUGCUUUACUUCCUUUGUAUUGCGUAUUAUAUCUAAAUAGUCAGUAUUUGCUGCGUUUCUAUUGAUGAAUAAGGCCCAAGUGAUGGACAUGACCGAUUAAUCAAUGAAAAUGAUUGUAUAAAGUAUCUAAAGUACAUUUAAAAAGUUAACUACACUGAUUGCAUAAAGAAACUUGUCAAACAAAGGGAAAAAGCUGGAUGCAUGUUGUUGGUUCAGAAGAUAUCAAUAAAACGAAGGAAU